AUGCACAAACAAGAAAUUGUUUUAAGUGAACCACUAAUGAGUUUAGACCCAGCUACAGACUUAGACGAACCUAAUGCCAAAAUGGAUUUAAAUGAAGGAAAUUUAUCCAAUAAAAUUUCAAAAUACAAUGAAGAAUUGACAAAAGAAAUGCACAAACAAGAAAUUGUUUUAAGUGAACCACUAAUGAGUUUAGACCCAGCUACAGACUUAGACGAACCUAAUGCCAAAAUGGAUUUAAAUGAAGGAAAUUUAUCCAAUAAAAUUUCAAAAUACAAUGAAGAAUUGACAAAAGAAAUGCACAAACAAGAAAUUGUUUUAAGUGAACCACUAAUGAGUUUAGACCCAGGGAAAUGGGUGUUUCCGUUAUCAGGUUCACAGCGUCACGAUUUAGUUCAAAAUGGUCCUCAACAGAUGCUAGAUACUUGCGAUGAAAAUUAUCCUUUAGACAAUAAUAAGAGACAUUUUUCUAACUUCCACUAUACAAGAAAAUUAAGUAAUGGCGAAACUCAACAUCGCAGAUGGCUAGUUUAUUCUCAAUCUCAAGAUAAAAUAUAUUGUUUUCCGUGUACAGUUUUUUCUAAUUUACAAACACAAAUGAUUCGUGAAGGAUGUUGUGACUGGAAACAUCUAAGUACAAUUUUGCAAAGACACGAAAAGAGCAAAGAGCACAUGGUGUGCAUGAUUAAAUGGGUAGAAUUUGACAAACGAAUUAAACUCGGGAAAACAAUAGAUCAAGAAAAUGAAAAACGGAUUCGUGAAUCACAAAAGCAUUGGUACAAUUUGUUUGAAAAAUUAAUUAAUGUAAUAAAUUUCUUAGCCUCACAUAAUCUAUCAUUUAGAGGUCAUCGAGAAUCAAUGAAGUUAGAUGAUAGCAAUAACUCUGGAAACUUUAUUGAUUUAUUAAAAUUAUUGUCCAAAUAUGAUCAUUCAUUACAGAACCAUUUUCAACUAAUUAAUGAAAAACAACUGGCACAACAUUAUUUGAGUCAUGAUAUCCAAAAUGAAUUAAUUAAACUUAUGUCUAAAAAAGUAAUUGAAGAGAUUAUUAGUAAAGUAAAACUAGUGAAAUAUUAUGCUUUCAUGCUCGACUGCACUAGAGACAUAAGUCGCGUUGAACAGAUGUCCAUUAUUUUAAGAUUUUGUAAUACGUCAACCGGUGAUAUAGAAGAACAUUUUAUUGGAUUUAUUGCUGUUGAUUCCACAACAGGGGAACAUUUAACAAACAUUAUUCUACACGAGCUAAAAAGUAAUGGUUUAGAUAUUCAAGACUGUCGUGGACAAGGUUUUGAUAAUGGCGCGAAUAUGGUAGGAAUAAACAAGGGUGUUAAAACACGAAUAUUAAAUAUUAAUCCAAAAGCAUUCUUUGCGCCUUGUGGUUGUCACAGCUGGAAUUUGAUUUUAGUAGAUGCUGCUAAGUCUUCCAUUACAGCUACAACAUUUUUUGGCUUUAUUCAAAAAAUUUAUUUGCUCUUUUCAAAAUCUAGUAAACGAUGGGAUCUUAUUAAAGAUAAAUUAAAACUAACAUUAAAGUCUUUAUCUGAAACAAGGUGGGAAAGUAGAAUUGCUGCAGUCAAAGCAAUAUUAUUUCAAUUUGACGAUAUCAUUGAUUGUAUAAAUAUACUUAAAAUGCAAAUAGUAGACGCAGAAACUCUAUGUGAUUGUGAAGCCAUUUUAAAAGAAAUGUUAACAUUUGAAUUUAUUGUUGCAAUACAUGUGUGGUAUGAAAUUUUACUUCGUGUAAAUAAUAUAAAAUAUCGUGAUAUAGGAUUCAAUAAAAGUAUUAUAGAAUCUCGCCAGUUCAUAGAAAAAAGUAGUUAUGAAAUAGAAUUAAAUUUUAAAAACAAGAGAAUAGCAAAGAAGAAAAAAAUGUUUAGUUAUGAACACACUGAUGAACCUAUAGAGAAUGGUGAAAAAAAGUUUAGAGUUGACUUUUUUAACAGCAUGAUUGAUGGAAUUCUACAUGACAUUAAAUGGAGAUUUAAAUCAUUGAAUGAAUACUUUGAAUAUUUUGGUUUUAUUUAUGAUAUGAAUAUUUUAAGAUCCAUUUCCAAAGAAGAUCUUUAUAAGCAUUGUUGUGAUUUAGGUACAGUUCUUCAAGAAGGUGAAAAGAGCGACAUUCAAUCAUUUGAAUUAUACGAAGAAUUACAACUCAUAAUUUCAAGUCUACCAGACUUUAUUAAGGAUGCAAAACAACUCAUCAAAUACAUAAUAGAAAAUAAUUUACAAGAAAUAUAUCCAAAUGUUUAUAUAACAGUCAGAAUUAUGCUCACUAUUCCUGUCAGUACAGCUUCAGCAGAGAGAAGUUUUUCGAAGCUUAAAAUAAUUAAAAAUUACCUACGAAAUACGAUGACACAAGAAAGACUCUCAGCAUUAGCAGUUUUGUCCAUUGAAACGAAAAUUGCAAAUAAUUUAAAUUACGAAGAUAUACUUAAAACAUUUAGUGAAGCAAAAAGCCGAAAAGUCCAUUUCUUGUAAAUAAAAAAAAUGAAACUUCUAACAGUAUUAUUAAUUUAAAAAAAUAUGUAUUUAAUUUUAUAAUUAUGUUUAAAUAAAAUUAUAUUGACUACUUUGCAAAUAAAAGGUUAAUAAUUAGAGUUUAUUGUUUUAAAAAAUUGUAAAUCUUAAUAUUUAUUAAAUAACUAUUGUUACUUAAAUGUUUAUUAAAAAAAUUUUAAAAAAGGGCCUCUUUAAGUCUACUUCGCCCACAUAUUAAUUUUA